AUGGUAAGUUCUACGGGUUUAUAUGUGGUUGUAAUGAAAGAUAGGCUGGCUUUUUAGGCGUGGGUAUAUUAUUUUUGAUGCUGGAUAUCGAAUUUUUUCUAUUGCUUUCAGUGGUCUCCCGACGAUCUCCAAUCCUUCUGGCAGCACGAGGCCGCUCUUCACAAGUGGCAGGAUGUCUUUGCUAGUGCGUUUGACACGGCACAACAAUAUUAUAACCAACAUUUUGAUAAUUACCCGGUGGAUGAAUAUUUGAGUCUAGAAGAGCAAGAAGUUGGCGUUGGUGUGAGACCAGACGAAUACGUAGGGUUGUUGGAGUCAGGCGCAGUCGAUGAGAUUUCUCACAGCUUUGAGGAUGCUGAUUUGUCUGCAAAUACGAGCCAGGAGAUUGAUAUUGCAGAUGAAGAAGAAUUGAGUCCAGAAAUGUUGGAGUACUAUAAGGUUACCCUGGCUCACAGGGAGAAAAGUAAGUCCUUUGUUUUGUGUUGUUGUUUUUAGGGAUCAAAAUGCGAUUUGUACUCUUUGUUGGAUCGAAUUAAUAUUUUCUGCCAGGAAUUGUAUAAUUUCUUUAGGAGCUCGAGAAAAAUUAGAAGAAAAACUCAGAAAACAUGAGAAUUGGCUGGAAGAAGACGAAGAUGAGUAUAUUGAAGCAGAUCAGAUAGGAAUUCACGGGCCAAUUCGCAAAUCUACUCAAGCUCCAAAUCGGGUUGCUGAAGAGGAAGAAAGGAUCAAGGAGAUGAAAGAAAAGUAUGGAGACAAAUGGGAGUACAUCAACAAGAUUGAGAGCAAGAUGAAUUUCGAAUUUGAGAGCAAAGUCAAGGAGUUGGAUGCAUUUCUAUGGCCGAAUAUUCCACUUAGGUUCCGAUAAGAUCUCAUCUUUAAUAAAUUUUUAUAUCGGUACAUGUCAAUAAAGUUUACUAAUUUAUUGUAGUAUUUGUAAGUAUGUACUCUGUUUUCCAACAGUUUUAUAACGGUAUUCUUGCUCUCGCAGGGUUUUUGAACAUAUAUUUUUUGUUUAUUACUAUCUAAACUAUUAUUUUUUAGAGAGAUGACGACUCAACUUCCUACAAAUGAAGUCAGCAAGACAGUUGAACCAUUUUUAGAUCCAGGGAACUUGCUGAUUAUAGACAGAGAUGCCCAUGAUUCGGUCGAAAAGAGGGGAAAGUAAGUGGUUUCUUGCGUGGUUAUUGUGUUUUAUUGUAUCGAUAUAUCCUUCUCGGAUUUCUAGUUUAACCCACACCCUUUCAGGCAUCCAUCGGAGCAGGAACUCAAGGAAAUGACUAGGGACAACAUCCAAUUCCUGUUCAAUGAGAUUUGGAAACUCCCGAGGAAGUUUGUCGGUGAUGCAACAUGUGCCAUUCUCCCGGAAAGAAAGUUUGUGAUACCCAGAGAGAAAUCGGUAAGUCGACUUUCCGGAUCUUUGAUUUUUGGAUUUCAAUAUCGAAUAAUAUUAUAUUAUUUUAGUUGCCAUCCAAGCCUCCAAUGACCCGUUGGCAAGAGUUUGCCCAACGAAAAGGCAUCACCAACGAUAAAGACAAGUCUAAGAAGGUCUGGGAUGAAGAAUCACAGGUAAGAAGAUGUUUUUAUAUUAAAUUUAUUAUCAAUUUAGACCUGGGUACCCCGAUAUGGAUAUCAACACGCGAAACAUGCGGAAGGAAAGGACUGGCUUAUUGAAAUCCCUCAGAACCAAGAUCCCAAUGCUGAUUACUUUGCUAAAAGAGACGAUGCAAAGAAAGAGAAGGUCGCUAAGAAUCAACUCCAACAUAUGAAGAAUGUGAAGAGGCAAUUGAAGGAUAUGGGGAAAGGAAAGGAGCCAAGAACUUACACCGACUUUGGAAAGGGAGCUAAUGCGAUACCACUGGGAGUUGGCCAAAAUCCAAGAGAAAGGACUCGGCAGGAGGUGGGAUAUUAGAUUUGGUUCAUAUUCCAUGGAUAUUGAUGAUAACAAUUGCUUGAUUUUUUCAGCUUGGAUACAAAAUGCACCAUGCCAAAGAAGCUACAGCAUCGGCAGGUAAAUUCCAGAAGACCCUGAAGGGGGAGAAGACUCCAAAACUGGGAAUCAAGAGAAAGGUAAGCAAAAAAUUAUGUUGUACUUGAUGUAAAUUUUAAAAUCUUUGUUAUUUUUUUUUGUUUUAGUUUGAAUCCAAUGAGCAAGAUCCCAAGUCGGAAGUCUCAAAACAACUCCAGAUCCUAGAGAAAUUGAACUCAAAGAAACCGAAAAUUGAUACCUCCCGAAUAAACGCGGCCGCUGAAGCCAUGGAACGUCGUGGUGGCGGAGAUUCAGAUGAUGAAAGUUCAAGGAAAAAGAACAAAACUCCAAAGAAGGUGAAGGGAACUGGAAGAAAAUCCGGCUUCAAACCAACGAAGGGAGGAAAAGGAGGCCCCGGAGGAAAACCCGGAAAACCCUCGGGCAAAUUUGGCAACAAAAAAGGGGGAAAAUUCUCUAAAGGAAAGAAUUGA